AUGAAGUACGCUGCUAUUCUCACGGCCGUUGCGGCUCUCGCCCAGCAAGGGCUUGCGACCAGCGUCUCCGGCACCCCCGUCGGAUUCGCUGCCUCGGCCACCGGUGGUGGCUCUGCGGCCGCCGUCACCCCGACCUCCACCACUGAGCUGGUCUCAUACCUGGGGGAUGAUGAGGCUCGGGUCAUUGUUCUCACCCAGACCUUCGACUUCACCGGGACGGAGGGUACCACCACCGCCACUGGUUGCGCCCCGUGGGGUACUGCCUCUGGCUGCCAGCUGGCCAUCAACGCGGACGACUGGUGUGACAACUACGAGUCCUCUGCCCCCUCUGUCUCGGUGACCUACGACAACGCCGGUACCCUCGGUAUCACCGUCAACUCCAACAAGUCCCUGAUCGGCGUGGGCACCUCGGGAGUCAUCAAGGGCAAGGGUCUCCGCAUGGUCAGCGGGGUCUCCAACAUCAUUAUCCAGAACAUCGCUGUCACCGAUAUCAACCCCGAGUACGUCUGGGGAGGAGAUGCCAUCACCCUGGAUGACGCUGAUCUCGUCUGGAUCGACCACGUGACGACUGCUCGCAUUGGCCGUCAGCACUACGUCCUCGGUACCUCGGCCGACAACCGCGUCUCCAUCACCAACAACUACAUCGACGGUGAAUCCGAGUACUCCGCCACCUGCGACAACCACCACUACUGGAACGUCUACCUCGACGGCUCCAGUGAUAAGGUGACCUUCUCCGGCAACUACCUGUACAAGACCAGUGGCCGUGCCCCCAAGGUCCAGGACAACACCUACCUCCACAUCUACAACAACUACUGGAACGACAACUCCGGCCACGCCUUCGAGAUCGGCUCCGGUGGCUACGUCCUCGCUGAGGGCAACUACUUCGAGGAUGUCGACACCGUUCUGGAGACCGACUCCUUCGAGGGAGCCCUCUUCUCCUCCGACAGCGCCUCCUCCACUUGCUCCUCCUACAUCGGCCGCUCCUGCGUGGCCAACACCAACGGCGGGGACCUCACCGGCACCAGCACCACGGUCCUCAGCGACCUCGCGGACGACUCCCUCCCUACUCCCAGCGCUGCCAGCACCGACCCUGCCACCAGCGCUGGCCAGGGUAACCUGUAA